AUGGGUCGUGAUAGACCCCAAAAGCGCAGGAUGCGAUCAGAGAGGCAACCUGCCGCCGCCGACGAGAAUGCCGUUGCCAGAAUUGCCGAUACCGAGAAUACCGUUGCCGAAGCUGCCGAUACCGUUGUGCCUGAGAUGAGUGCCGAGUCGCUGAGGAUUCUUGCUGCCUUAAAGACGGAAACGGAUGCUCCCCGUCUGAGCCGCGAUGACGAACCCAGACGGCCUGGCAUGAACCCACCGUCCAAGCCAUUUUGGGAAUUGUUCAAUAUCGAUGCCAUUGACACAGACGACGCUGAGGAGAGACGCAACCGCAUUGCCGCCUUCAAGAUGGCUGUCGACAUUUGCCUCACCAACCUGAAGAAUUUCAGGACAUGGGGUGCCUGGGCGACUGAGAAGCUCGACUUGAGCCUGGCCUCCUCCGAUAGGCUGUUUGCCGUUGCCACUGGAUUGCGAGACGAAUUGGAGAGUCGUCGGUCAUCGCUGGAUGCUGUUGCCGAAGCGGAGAAGAUGUUGGAUGAGGGGUUUGCCGAGGAGCAGCAGAUCUCCGCCGACAUGAAGGAACAGUUUGCCAGCCUAUGGACCCACGUGAAGGUGUUCCAGGAAACGCUGGACAUAAAUCAGCUCAGGGUCGCUUGUUUUGCCUUGGCCCAGGCCAGCGGUACGGAGGUGAGGGCAAGUCGGUACUCGGAGGCUAUGUUGACGGCCUCGGAGAAGGAGUCUGCUCGGAGGGAGGUUGAGGAGGAGAAGCGAGAGUUGCGCCGAGUGCGGGAUGAGGUGGUGAGCGCGAAGGAGUCGAUCCUUGCAACAGAGCAGUACUGGCUGGGAUUCCACACUGCAAUGGUGGACUUCGCCGUUCCAGACCAAGACCCCGUCAGUACUGCCAAGUUUGCGUGGAUGAAGGGGGAAGUGUUUGUGCCGAAUCUAUGCCAUCAAUACUGGAAGGGACGAGAGUUUGCCAGGUGGUUGAAGUCGACGAACGCGCUCGAGAGCACCGACAGCAUCUUCCAUGGUGCGUACGAACGGGAUCCUUCGACCGACGGUGUCAGCCUCCAACACCCCAAUGGCGUCAUUGCCGGCACCUCUUGGUUUGUUGGUAUUCGUCACGAGAUGCGCAACGAGAAGCUGCAGCGGGAAGGCAAGACAUACCCUGCGCUUCCAGAGCAUCUCAACCAUCUCCUGGACCAAAGACGCGACGGUUGGUGA